AUGGAUACCAUAACAACUAACUCAAUAUCAAAACGUAGAGCAAGUGAACCGGAAGCGAGCGAGGCGAUGGCCCUGAUCAGUAGUGCUAAUAGCCAACAAAAUAGGGUGCCACCACCUUUACCCUAUUUACCAAGCGACUAUAGACCCUCUCCCGACAGCCCGCGUCAUUUUGUAGCAACCCAACAUCCUCUGCUCUUCGAUGCUCUUCAUAACAACUCUCACAACAAAAGACAGCGCUCUCGCUCUAUAGGUUACCCUCUGGCGAUCGAGAAUACGGCGGCAGGAGCAUCAGCUUCGGGUAGCGUGUCUGGUUCCUCUUCUUCCACCACCAAUAAUACGCUUGUCAAUAACAGAGAGCAUUUUGAGCUUGUCCCCUACCGUGAAUGGACUGUAAUAGCACGAAACAACCAAAAAGGCCAACUUGUGUUAUAUAACCAAGAUAGUCAUUUAGUCACUGUUCAAAACUACUUGCCAGAUCAUUUCGCACACCUCGAUCCCAACACACCGAUUCAAAUGAAAUCAAAUGAAGAAAAUUAUUGUCCUUAUUGUCACCAAUCCUUGCAUAAUGCCUCAUCAAGGCCCAAACCAAAAAGGGAUGAACCGGAUUUCAUGGAUCGCAACUACUUUCGUUUGUUGGCAUCAUCGCAGACAAACACGGCAGCAAAUUCUCCAGUACAGUCUCGAUCAAGCACAUUCAGCACAGACGCAGCGAGGCCGCCACCUAUCAGUGCACAAAAUUUGAACGCAAAUGCAUUCAACCAAGGGUACUAUUCCAAGUUUUUCGUGGAAAUGAACAAAUUGGGGAAAGGAUUUCGAGGCAGCGUAUUCUUGUGCGAGCACAUGCUCGACGGUGUUAAACUGGGUAAAUAUGCAGUGAAAAAGGUAGCGAUUGGUAACAACCAUCCAUGGCUUGUGCGCAUGCUUCGAGAGGUUCAUCUAUUGGAAAGACUUCGACAUCCCAACAUUGUCAGUUAUAAACAUUCUUGGUUGGAAUACAAUCGAUUGACGCCCUUUGGACCUGAAGUGCCUUGUCUCUUUAUUUUGAUGGAAUGUGCGAAUGGAGGCAAUUUGGAAGAGUAUUUUGAGCGUGUAAGCAGCAGCAAACCGGAAAAGACAUCAACCAAUGCAUCUGCCGCCAACAUGCAACAGAAAAGACGCAUGUCCUCCAAAGAGCUGAAGCGCGAACGCAUUCGAAAGCAAUACCAGGCACAAGAGUCCUUUGAGAAAGAGCAGGAUAUAUCUGCACCUAUAACAUCUGUAUCCAGACGCUUAUUGACAAUGACUGAGAUUUGGUCCUUGUUUUUGGACAUUGUGCAAGGUCUUGCUCAUUUGCAUCAGCAAAACAUUGUGCACAGGGACUUGAAACCGCCAAAUUUACUACUGCAAUACGAUGAACGCAGCCGAAAUGGCCAUCAGAGGAUACCCCGAGUUUUGAUCUCUGAUUUUGGUGAAUGCGAGGAUUUGGAUGAGACUCGUGUCGAUGAUAAUCGAACUGGAGCCACAGGUACAUUGGAAUUCAUGGCUCCAGAACAUGUCAAGCUUGAUCCAAGAGGUAGAAACACAGUGGAUUAUUCGCCAAAGGCAGACAUGUGGUCCCUUGGCAUGGUUUUGUAUUUUCUUUGCUAUUCCAGGCUUCCUUACAGUGUGAUUGAUGAUGUGGAGAUAUUAAGAGUAGAGAUUCUCGACUUCAGAGAUGUGCAAUUUCCAACGUCCAGAUUCGACAUUUACAAAAACGAUCCAGCACUGUACACUGAGGCAUUGAAUAAUCCCAAUAUAACAUCCGACAUACCAAACGAGCUGAAACUACUCAUUCGCAUGCUGUUAUCCAUUGAUCCUUCAAAGCGCCCUUCCUGCAACGAGAUUUUGACCAAGCUUCGAAGUAUCAGACGAGAUGAAACAGCGUCCAUAUUUCAAGAUAUACCCAGUGAAUGGAAUGGCUCUUCCACAAGUAAUACAGCGCCAUCAACAUCCAUCAACAGAAACCCCACUGCAACAACAAUCAAGUCGCCGUCUCCUCUCGACGACACUAUCAUUGUAGAUGCAAACGUGAUAGAUCCCUCUAGCUCUUCCCAACAGCGUCCUGCAACAAAGCACCGACAUUCAUCCUCUGCCAUGUCCACAGGUCGAGACGGCUCAGCAUCCAAUGAUAGCAAUACAUUGCGAAAACGUCAACGUUUGUUGGGAAACGUGGAGGUAGAUGAGGAUACGGUUAUGGCAGAAAACGACGAAGAUGUCAAUGAUGAAGAAGAAAUGCCGGAUGCAGCGCAAGAGACGCCACGAUUGCUGCUCGGAUCUCCUGAUUUGGAUGAGUCGCAUCCAUCUACUCGCUGGUUAUCCGAUCAUCAUUCUAUCCAGAUUAUAAAGAUUGUCACUGUUGUGUUGAAGAUUGCGUCGUGUAGCUAUUCUUGCUCUCCCUAUUCAGCAAAACCCGGUGCGCUGUAUCCUGUUAUAAUGUUUGCUCUUCUCGAUUUUUGGAGCGAAUCAAGCUCUCCCAGCUUCCUACUGAUGGUGGUUCAUGUUGUUUGGAUCAUGAGCACCACACUGUUGACGGGUGGAUUGUGUGAAGCUUAA